GAAUUCUAAAUUGCAAGUUCAGAGAGAGAGGCUCUUGCUGUCUGUGAAAAACAAAUAGUUUGGCACUACUAUGAUAAGAAAAGCCCAGGGAAUAAGAUUCUAAAAAAUUUGGGAGCACUUGAUAUCAAAAGAAGGAGAUUUAGAAUUACAUAUAGAAGCAAAUGGAAAAUCAAGGCUGUUUUGAGGGGUGCUAUCAGAGGGUCAUUGGAGAGGAUGUAGCUUUACAAUAUUUAUAUCAGGCUGUGCAUUGGCAGGAGUUCUGUAGAAGCUGGACUGAAAGCUGGAGGUAAUGACGUGGGUGGGGCACAGAGCAGCUAGGGAGCUCUGAUGCGGCUUUUGCUUGGGGCAGAGUACGGGAAGAUAUGCAAACGCUGAGGCCCCAGAUAGUGCAGUGGCCUUUGUGGGCAGCACUUACAGGUGGGCUUGGAAACACUUGCCUUUGGAACAUUGUUUAAAAGUAAGCAGUGCUCCCAGAAGGGCUGUAAUUUCUUUAGAUUAUCUGAUAGCAGACUCCGUGAUGUUUACCAGCUUCAAGGAGAUCAGACCAUUGUGAAAUUUUUUUUUUUUUUUCUGUAGUAAAACUAGCCCCAGCCAGCCCAACUGGGAAUUUACUGCCUGAGCUGUUUUCCAACAUGAGUUUUGCUGGCAAAACCAGACGUGAGUGUUCCCUCGACUCUCAAGGGACCUGUUUACACUGACUUUAUUUUUACUGCCAGCUUUCAAGUUGGAAGAGGGAAAUUACGUUUAAAGGUCAGCAGAUGACAGAUGGAUUUUCACAAUUUGGAAAUAAAAACAUGAGUGAAGGGUUCGGAAGGCAAGUCUCUGGUCCAUUACACACUUCCAGAAAAACUUAGUACCCAGAGACUCACAUUACUGAGAGUGCUAUCUACUCACAAGUGUUGCACUCCAUUGAGAAAAAAAAAAAAAAAAACAGGAAGUUGCUGUUCUACUGAGGACUGACCAAGAAGCCAUGAAAUACCUUACUGUGGGAGACUUAGAAGAUUGCCUACUGAAUAAGGUGGACUUGAGGCGGCAGCAGAUUUCCCAGGCUGUGGAGGAGGUGCAGAAAGUCGUUCAUCAUUUGACCACAAACAUCAGCAACCAAGACAUUAGAUUUCAAGCUGUGCCUUACUCUGACACGUACAAUGAAAAUAUUAAGGUUUUGGCUCCCAGUCAGUUCCUCAUCACAGUCCCAAUAAAAGGCCUGGCCGGGUACAGGGAGGCCAGGGAGCAGCACUGGCGGUACUACACCCUGCAGGGCACCAGGCUGCCCUGCCCAUUGCGGGACCCUGAGGGUCUGCAGCAGUGGCUGGAGGUGGAACAGUUUAUGAAGAGCCUGUGGCAGUGGCAUGAGACAGAUGUGAACAUCGACGGAGAUAUUGUGCCUGCCAAGGUCCUCCUAGUGUUCCGGAAGCUGGUGGAAAAUGCAAUUAGAACCUGUCACCUCUCAGGUAAGGUCAGCCUGCUAGGAAACCGCUCUGCAGUUUGGGUUGCUGUGGAAACAUCUGCAUAUCAGGUGGAACUGGAGCUGGUCCCCACAGUGGAGAUCCCCACCACCUGGUCCAAGAAAGCCCGGUGGCCUCGAUGUCUGCAGCGCUGGCCUUCCCAAGAGAGAGUCGAGUGCAUCAAGUCGUUUGGGUUUAACUUGUUGGCCUGUUCAAAUUAUCACUGGCAGCUGAGCUUCCUCCGUGCUGAGCAGGUGUUACUGGAACAGCUGGAUGAAGAUGGGGGCUGCCGUAGGAAGUGUUUUCAGGUCAUGAGGCACCUGAAGGAGGACAUCUGGUGCCCAGGGAACAGGCCGGUUAUCACGUCCCACCAUCUGCAGACUGUGCUCUUUUGGACCUGCGAGAAAUAUCCCCACUUUAAAGACUGGCAGGUCUUCAGCAAAGCAUUUCUGCGCCUGGUGAGGAAACUGCACAAGUGCGUGAGCCAGCACUUCCUGAAACACUAUUUCGUCCGGAACAGCAACCUCUUUCAGUGCACCAACCCGACUGAACUGGACACUGUGGCCCAAAAGCUGGCCACCUUCCUGAAGAACCCCCAGAUCGGCCCGCUCUGAUGGUUGCCCCAGGCUGGGAGGCUCUUGGACAUUUUAUUCUGGCUUAACCUUGUUCUUUGGAUGGUUCCUCAGUCAGGUGCCAGGAUCCUGCCUAGGAGAAAGGCCAUGAAUGGCAGCGGAAAUUACAUCAAACCAGUAACACUUCAGCAGGGGGAAAACUGUGCCCCAGGAUGUCUGGCCCAGGCCUCCCUGGAGCCCAGCAAGCAUUUCCGCCCUAGCUAAUUCUCCUGGAGACAGCUCUCAUCAGGCUUCCCCAGGCACAGAUUUGGAACGGGUGACAGUUCUGAACUUAGUUUCCCUUGUUCAGGCUCUGAUCGUCUCACAAUGAAGAUGGAGACAGAACCCCUGGAAGUCUGGACAUGAGCCUGCUGGCCAAUACUGUGCCCAGCCCACUGAUCAUGGGCACAUUCUCCUGCCAUUUGUAAAAUGGGAAUGUUAACGUGCCUACCUCUGAGCAGGGCUGUGUGCCUAUGAAACUGUGCUGGCGCCUUUUCAAGGGGAAGGCAUUGGAUCAACACAAAGUGUUCCUGGUUGGUUGAGUAGCUGGUGUUUGCAUCCUGGAUCGGUACCCACAGCACUUACGCAAAAUUGCACCUGAUGAGUUAGUGAGCCUGUGCUUCCCUGCUGCCCUCCAGCUUCCUUAGCAUGUGGGUCAGUGGCUCCUGAUGUUCUGUCUGCUUCCCUGGUAUUCUCUAAGCAGGGAGGGGAGUGGUUUUGAUGAUAAGUGUAAGUCAAAGAUGAAAGUACAACUCUUGGCCUGAUCCCAACCAUAGCCCUCUCUUCGCUUCCCAUGCCAUGGGCCAUGGAUGGAACUUCCUUAUAUAUUUAUGUAAAUAGCCUAGUACUAUGAUCUGCAUGGAGUGACCUUA